AAGUAUUAUCCAUCGUAGAAAAUACUAUUAAGCAGCGUGAGUUGUCAUCAUCACCGACGCUUCUUCCGUUCUUCGGCUAAUAUCAGCGUACCUGCUUUUUCUUUUUUUAAUCGGCAACACGCACACUCCCACAAAACCCUUGCCGGUGUUCUGUCUGCCCAAUCAAUCUACCCAUCUCUUCUACUCUCCAAUUGCUCGAUUCACCGCCAUAUCUAUACCAAUAUUCUAAAAAUCUGCAUUGAUUCCCAACAAGAUAUGUGCGUUGUCAAUCGCCGCAGAAUCAGCAAGUGAUUGAUAGAGAUGCCUAGGCUAGCUGCCGGAAAGCAAAGGAAAUCGGCCAAGAUCCUCUUCAUAUGCGUUGGCCUUCUGGGAGCAGCCCUUAUCGCAGAUCUACUCUGGGCGUCUUCUACAUCUUCCUCUGCACGAUCUUUCACUUACAAACCCGCUUUUGAUUGGCCCCCGCCUAAAACAUCUUCCGACUCCUUUCCCCUCCCUGUUUCUUCCAAUCACUCUGCCAAGGUUGUAGCAGAUAAAGAUAAAAAAGAUGAAUUUCAUGGAAGAAUUCUAUCUAAAACUUUUGCUGAUUUACCUGGACCAGAACUAAAAUGGGAGAAGAUGUCAGAGGCACCAGUCCCCCGUCUUGAUGGAGCAGCAAUACAGAUCAAUGAUGAACUCUUUGUUUUUGCAGGAUAUGGAACUAUUGAUCUUGUGCAUUCUCAUGUUGAUAUAUACAAUUUCACAAGCAACAGAUGGGGAGGAAGAUUUGAUAUGCCAAAAGAAAUGGCACAUUCACAUCUGGGAAUGGUGACAGAUGGAAGAUACAUAUACAUAGUGACUGGACAAUAUGGCCCACAAUGUAGAGGGCCCACAGCACAUACAUUUGUCCUUGACACCAAGACUAAAAAAUGGGAAGACAUGCCACCUUUACCUGUCCCUAGGUAUGCUCCUGCAACUCAGCUUUGGAGAGGAAGACUCCAUGUGAUGGGUGGUAGCAAAGAAGAUAGAUAUACACCAGGUGUAGAUCAUUGGAGCAUUGCUGUGAAAGAUGGAAAAGUUUUGGAGAAAGAAUGGAGAAUUGAAAUGCCUAUACCUCGUGGGGGCCCACAUAGGGCUUGUAUUGUGGUUGAUGACAGGUUGUAUACCAUUGGUGGUCAAGAAGGCGACUUUAUGGCUAAACCAAAUUCGCCUAUAUUCAAAUGUUCUAGAAGGAAUGAGGUUGUGUAUAGUGAUGUGUACAUGUUGGAUGAUGAGAUGAAGUGGAAAGUUUUGCCUCCAAUGCCAAAGCCUGAUUCCCAUAUAGAGUUUGCUUGGGCAGUUGUUAACAAUUCCAUUGUUAUUGCUGGUGGCACUACAGACAAACACCCUGUAACCAAGAAAAUGAUCCUCAAUAAUGAAAUCUUUCAGUUUCAGUUGGAUACAUUGAAAUGGUCAGUGGUUGGGAAGCUUCCUUUUCGUGUGAAAACAACACUGGUGGGAUUUUGGGAUGGAUGGUUGUAUUUUACAUCAGGACAAAGAGAUAGAGGAGUGGAUGAUCCUACACCCAAAAAGGUCAUUGGAGAGAUGUGGAGAACAAAACUCAGAUUGUUAUGACAUUUUUAUUUCAUUCUUUCAGGUUAGUAUUAAAUUAUGAAUGUGAAUGUGCAUCUACAAUUCUACUUACAUUAUGUAUACAAGUUAUAGCCCUUUUUCUUGUGUUUGUAGUUUAAAUUUUGUCUAAUUUGUUACUUAUACGAAACUCCUCUUUUUAAGAUAA